AUGAGCUCCGUAUGGCGCAGCACUCCCGCUCUCUUGCGCAGGCAACUCGCCCAUGCUCAGGCUGAACCAGCGCAGCGACUCCCGUGCUCGUGCUUCUCUUCGAAGUCCCAACCUCGGCUGCCGAUUGCCUCGACUUCGCGCUCAAUCUCGAGCUCGUCGAAGCAAGCCGAUGCGAACCCCUCGACCCUCCUUACAGAACACUCCGUCCCUCAGCGCGAGAACGAAGCCGUGACGCGCAUCACGAGCCUCAUGAAGCUCGGCGAGCGCUUGGCGUCUCAAGCAGGCGACUUCUCGAUGCCGGCCAAGCUGCGCGGGAUCGGCGUGUACGACAAGGACCGCAAGGCGCCUCUCGUCGAGCUGGAGGAGGGAGAAGAACUGCCGCCGCUGCCGCAGGUUAGGAGGAUGGGAGAUUCGUAUGUCCAGAUGGACCUGCUGUUCUCCAAGGACGAGUCGCUGCGGGAACAAUACGUCGGCGGGCUGAGCAAAGUCAGGAUGGGUCGGUUGAUGGAGGACUUUGACUCUCUCGCCGGCGCCGCCGCAUACCGCUACGUCCUCCCCGACGGCGCCGACAUCGCGACGGCGCACAAAUACGGCUUCUACCUCGUCACCGCCGCCGUCGACCGCAUGGACCUCCUCCGCCCUCUCAUGAACCCCGACGGGGCCGUCCCGGACCUACGCCUGUCAGGCCACGUCUCGUAUGCGACCUCCUCCUCGAUCGAAGUCUUCCUCCGCAUGUCGACUAUCCCCUCCUCCGCCUCCGAAGAAUCCUCCACCAUCCUCCUCGGACGCUUCGCAAUGGCCUGCCGCAGCGCGCAAGGUGGCAAACACCCCGUCCCAAAGUUGGUCGUGGACGGACCGGAAGAGGCGGCGAUCUGGUCCAUGGGAAGGGAAAUGCGUGAGGGGAAGAAGAUGCGCAGUCAGAAGAGUCUGCAGAAGACGCCCCCGACGGCGGAGGAGGCGGCCAUGCUGCACGAGUUGUUCAUUCAGAGGGCCGAGGUGUAUGACCGCAAGACCGCCACGCCCGCCGACGUCGUCAUGAUGUCCGACACGCGCGUCAACUCGGCACAGCUGAUGCACCCGCAAGAGCGCAACGUGCACAACAAGGUCUUCGGUGGCUACCUCAUGCGUUUGGCGUACGAGACGGCGUACUCGACUGCUUGUCUGUUCUCUCGGUCGGCCGUCACUUUCGUCGCUCUCGACGAGUUGCAGUUCGCUCAGCCCGUUGAGAUCGGCUCGCUGUUGCUGCUCGACUCGAAGGUCACGUUCUCGCCGCUGCUCGGCGAGCACCACUCUUUCCACGUCUCGGUCGAGGCCGCCACCUGCGACCUCUACUCGGGCGAAAAGAAAGUCACCAACGUCUUCCACUACACCUUCGCAGCCGACAAGCCCCUGCAGCGCUACGUCCUCCCGCGCACGUACAGGCAGGCGAUGCAGUGGCUUGAUGCGCAGCGUAGGAGGAAGGUCGGGAUCGAGGUUAGGCAGGCGUAUGAUCAGGCGCCGUGA